GAAGAGACCUCUCAAACAAAGAUUUCAGAGGCAAAACACAAAAAGAUUGAACCUUUGAGGAGAAGAGAGUCCAAACCCCAAAACCCUAAAUCCAAUAUUCGGUCUCUAAAGCUCGUCGGAGCUUCACCGGAAUGUUAUUUUAGGGUUUCUGUUGCUGAAAUUUCUCUCUGUUUUUUUUUUUUUUUUACCAAUCAAGAACCGAUCUUUACAGCUAUGACCUGGUGAGUCACUUGUGCUUCAAUACAGUUUCUAUUAUCUGAAUCCGAGCUGAAUCGGAGACCCAAUUGGAGAAAGAGAGAUUCUCAUUUCUCCAAAAGAUUAGAUUUUUUUAGUUUUUUUUUGGUUUGUGGAUAUUGAAAUUUUGGUGUGUAGAAAUUGUUGUUGUGAUGCGAUCAUCGCCGAGUGGUGGUAAACAGUGGGGGCAGAGGAAUCGGAAGAAGCACAAGAGGCUUGAUGCUAUUAGUGAAACCGUGUAUAAGAGGAAUCAUCUUCAGGCUAAUGAUGGGCCGGGGCCGGGUCCCGGGAGCGGUGAAUCGGAGCUUCGGAGGAGCUCCAGGGCACGCCGGGCCCCCGUUGUGCUUGAUUUGUCCCCGGGGCCGCCCAAGAAGAGGAGGAGGCUUGGUAAGAAUGGGAGAUUGAGUGGGGGGAAGAAUGUGAAGGAGGAGGAGGAGGAGGAGGAGGAAGAGGUGGAGGGAGGGUGGAAGUCGAGGUUGAGAUCGAGGAGGGGGCAUUCGGGGUUUGUGAGAGGGAAGAGGAAGCUAUUUGAAGAUGUGAGUGGAGGGAAGGUAGUGGGGAGUGAGCUGGAUGAUGAGAAUGAGGAAGGGUUGGAAGGUGGGAGGCCGAAGGUUGUGAAGUCGAAGAGACCAGGGAGGGUUAGAGCAACGCAUGGUUCGGAGCAUGAAGAGAAUGAGUUGCUUGAAGUUAAGGAGGAAGUUGUGGGGGAAGAAGAGGAGGUGAUGAGGGAGGACAGGGAUAAUUUAAUGCAGUUGGAUUGCGAAGAGGAUGGUGGAAUUGAGAGGGAAACUGUGGAAGGUGAUUCCACAAAGAUAAUUGAGGCAGUGGGGGAUUUACAGUUAGAGGAGGAGUGCACUGGCAAUGAGAAAGUGGAAGCUGCUGAAACUGCAGAUGGUGGGGAAAUGAUGGAACAAGUUGAUGAACAGGUGGAGCAAUCAGUUGAUGUGAUUGAAGACGAAAAAGAUGAUAAACAGAUGGAACAAGAGCAAGUACCGUGUGUUGUUGAAGGAGAAGAUCAAAGUGACGCCAUAGAAGCUGUUGGAGUCCCCAGAGUUGAAGCGGAAGUUGAAGGUGACGAUGGGAAGGAUUCACAUUUGACUGAGCAUGAUGGAAAACUUCCAAUAGAAGUGAAUACUGUGAAGGUGGAUAUGUCCAAAGAUGGAAAGUCACGGAUUAAGGAGGGCAGACGAUGUGGUUUGUGUGGGGGAGGGACUGAUGGUAUGCCUCCAAAAAUAUUAGCUCAGGAUACGGUUGACAUUGAGAAUGAAGCGUAUAGUGGCUCUUCAGCCUCUGAGAAAUUUGACUAUAACAUAUGGGAUGGUUUUGGUGAUGAACCUGGCUGGCUUGGACGUCUCUUGGGUCCAAUAAAUGAUCGUUAUGGCAUUGCUGGAACAUGGGUUCAUCAACACUGUGCUGUAUGGAGUCCAGAGGUUUACUUUGCUGGUUUAGGAUGCUUAAAAAAUAUAAGGGCCGCUCUGUGCAGAGGGAGAGCGUUAAAAUGCACCCGCUGUGGAAGGCCAGGAGCAACUAUUGGAUGCCGUGUUGAUCGGUGUUCAAGAACUUACCACUUGCCUUGUGCACGAGCUAUGAAUUGCGUAUUUGAUCAUCGCAAGUUUCUUAUUGCCUGUACUGGUCAUAGGAAACUCUUCCAGCCUCUUGGUUAUCAGUACUUAGCCCGCAAAAAGAAAUUGAAGGUUAAGAAAAUGAAGUUUGAAAUCAGAAAGCUAUCAAAUGAUGCUUUGCGAAAGGAUAUUGAGGCAGAAGAAAAGUGGUUGGAGAAUUGUGGAGAUGAUGAAGAGUUUUUGAAACGUGAAAGCAAGAGGCUACAUCGAGAUUUGGUGAGAAUUGCACCUGUGUACAUUGGAGGCUCUGACUCUGAGAGUGGCAAACUGUUUCAGGGUUGGGAAUCUGUUGCAGGUCUUCAAAAUGUCAUUAGAUGCAUGAAGGAAGUUGUCAUAUUACCUCUUCUAUAUCCAGAAUUCUUUGAUAGUCUCAGCCUCACACCUCCUAGAGGUGUUCUAUUGCAUGGGUAUCCUGGAACAGGUAAAACUCUUGUUGUGCGGGCAUUAAUAGGUGCAUGUGCACGUGGUGAUAGACGAAUAGCAUAUUUUGCUCGUAAAGGUGCUGAUUGUUUAGGAAAAUAUGUUGGUGAUGCUGAGCGCCAGCUAAGACUCUUGUUUCAGGUUGCUGAGAGAUGUCAACCUUCUAUAAUAUUCUUUGAUGAGAUUGAUGGGUUGGCACCUUCUAGAACUAGGCAACAAGAUCAGACACAUAGUUCAGUUGUGUCUACACUGCUUGCUUUAAUGGAUGGUUUGAAAUCUCGAGGUUCUGUUGUAGUGAUAGGUGCUACAAAUCGUCCUGAUGCCGUUGAUCCAGCACUAAGGCGGCCUGGAAGAUUUGAUAGGGAAAUCUAUUUUCCACUACCGUCAGAAGAGGACAGAGCUUCCAUUCUUUCUGUUCAUACUCAAAAAUGGCCCAAACCAGUCAGUGGAUCCGUGCUUAAGUCGAUUGCAAGAGGAACUGCUGGAUUUGCUGGUGCAGAUCUGCAGGCACUUUGCACUCAAGCAGCCAUAAUUUCUUUGAAAAGGAAUUUCCCUUUGCAAGAAGUUUUGUCUGCUGCUGGAAAGAAAGAUUCCGAGUCCAAACGCCUCCCUCUACCUGCCUUUGUAGUGGAGGACAGGGAUUGGUUGGAGGCUCUGACAUGUUCUCCACCUCCCUGCUCUCGUAGGGAAGUAGGAAUAGCUGCUAAUGAAGUAAUAUGCUCUCCUCUUCCAACCCACCUUAUCCCAUGUCUUCUACAACCAUUAUCUACCAUGCUUGUAUCCCUUUAUCUUGAUGAACGGCUCUGGUUGCCAACUCCUCUGAGAAGAGCUGCAACAAUGAUUGAAAGUGUGGUGGUUUCUGCCUUGAAUAGGAAAAAUAUGCUCAGUGAUCGCUGGUGGUCCCAUAUUGAUGUUUUACUUCAGGAAGCAGAUGUUGCAAAGGACAUAGAGAGAAAGCUUUUGCAUGCUGGAAUCUUACAUGGAGAUACUGCUCUUGCUGAUUCUGAUGUUUGCAAUGAUGAUGUUGAUGACGGAAUUUUGAAUUUUGAGCCUUCUGUUAAACACCAUGGUGGUACUCACCCAAGUUUGUUGCAAAACACAUUAGUUGCCUCAACGUACAAACCAGGAUUUCGGAUAUUGAUUGCUGGAAAUCCCAGAUCUGGCCAAAGGCAUCUUGCUUCCUGCCUUCUUCACUGUUUUGUUGGGAAUGUAGAAAUCCAGAAGGUUGAUUUGGCUACAGUUUUGCUAGAAGGACACGGAGAUAUGGCGCAAGGGAUAACACAAAUAUUAAAGAAAUGUGCCAGCAUGGGGUCGUGUAUAGUUUUCAUGCCAAGAAUUGAUUUGUGGGCAGUGGAGACACCUAAUCAAGUAACAGAAGACAGUGAUGCAGAUUUAUCAAUCCAUCAAUGUCCUGAAAAUGAAAAGCAUCAACAUCCUGAGAAUGAAAAGUCAUAUUUUGCGCGUGGUCUGGAGGAAAGUGUGUCCUUAUCACAGCAAUGCAAAUCAGAAGAAAUGUUAGAGUGCCAAGAUGAUGUUGCUCAGAGUGCUUCACAUGCUUGGAACUUGUUUGUGGAGCAGGUGGAGUCUCUAAGUGUCUCUGCAUCCUUAAUGAUUCUGGCUACAUCAGAAGUUCCAUGUCCAGUGCUUCCGGUUAGAAUAAGGCAGUUCUUUAAGAGUGACAUUUUAAAUGGCCAUCGGUCAGUUCCUGUGAAGCAUACAGUUCCCAGGUUUUCUGUGCAGGUUGAUGGAAAUUUCAACCAUGAUCUGGUGAUCAAUCUAUCUUCAGCAGAGUUAUCAAGGGAUCUCGUUCAACAGAUUGUUCUGUUAGUUCAUCAAACUUCUCACAUUCAUACAACUUCAUGCAAGGAGAGAGACUUUCAUGGUAUAAAUGGUCAGUCCAAGAUGGUUGAUCACAAUGCAGAUCAUGGAUCAGCUGAUGCAAACAACAAUUUAACUCUACCUCCUGUUGAUUCUCUUCUUAAAGCUUCUGCACCACCUAACAAUAUAACUGGAAAUGGGAAAUCAAGCCUUCUGCUAGCAAUAUCUUCAUUUGGCUAUCAGAUACUGCGAUAUCCUCAUUUUGCUGAACUUUGUUGGUUCACUUCAAAACUUAAAGAAGGUCCUUCUGCAGACAUAAGUGGACCUUGGAAGGGUUGGCCAUUCAAUUCCUGUAUAGUUCGUCCUAACAACUCGCUAGAAAUGGUAGCUGUGGCAAAGAAUAUUAAAAGCAAAGAAAACUUGGGCCUAGUUAGAGGCCUGAUUGCUGUUGGUUUAUUGGCAUAUAGAGGUCUCUACACAUCUCUCAGAGAAGUCUCUUCUGAGGUACGGAAGGUUCUUGAGAUUCUAGUUGCGCAGAUCAAUGCAAAAGUUCAAGCCGGGAAAGAUAGAUAUCAAUAUGUUCGCCUUUUGUCGCAAGUGGCCUAUCUGGAAGAUGUGGUCAAUAGCUGGGCAUACACCUUGCAGAGUUUAGAGCAGGAUGCUCCAUUGGCAGAUGCUAAGCUUACCGGUCCGAGACUUCCAGACGAUAACCAUAUGGAUGAUCAAGUUCAAAGCGAGGAUUCCAAGCCAAAGGUUACAAGCAAAUGCUCCAGUGAGCACGAAGUGCUGGAAAUUGUCCCUGAAGGGUUUGAUGCUGAAAAAUUUGUCAGUAUUGACGUGAAUGAACAAGUUACUGAUUUGGGUUGUUCUGAGGUUAGACUUGCAAGUUUAGAUUGUUCUGGACAGAAGAUUGUCCCAUCUGAUUCUACCCUGGAUAAUUGUCUUAAAGAUUCUGAUGAAGUUUUGAAUGACCAGAAUGGGACAAACCCUAAACCCCACGAGUCAGAAAAUGACAAACACCAUACAGUUGUUGCAGGAGAUUCUGAAUCUUUGAAACGUCCAAAUGGAUUUGAAUGCACUGAAUCUGUUGCUAUUCCUGAGGAUAGUCCGACUUCUGAUAUAUUUGGCAGCACUAAGCUCUCUAGUUCUUUGACCAGUUACAACAACCUUAAUGGUUUGUCCUUGACAGAGGCUGGUAGUAGACAUAAUGAUGGUAAGGCUGAUGCUGAUGAGGUUACUGUAGACGUCAACUUCCCAAGCACCACCAGUCAAACCAAUCUGCCUGAGUGCAUAGAUAAGCCUGAUGCAAACUUCUCAAGUAAAACCAAUGCUGAUGUGCAUAACGCUGAUGUCAACUUCCCUCCCAAAAUCAGCCCCUCUACGAAGUCUGAGUUUGUAUGCGUAUAUCAUUGUUGCUCUGAAUGCCUAGAUACCCUCCACAGUUUGACACAGAAAAUUCUUAUUGAGGAGUGGCGAUCAAAUGGGAGCCAAUGGACAGUGGAGGAUGUUCAUGAUAUUGUGGCAUCACUAUCUGUGGAUCUUCUUUCAGCGGUUAGAAGAAUUCAUGUUUCCGGAGGUUUCAACAAUUCAUUUGAUGAUAAAAGGAGACACAGAAAUACUGAAACAUAUGAGUGGCCGGAAUCAGGAACAUGUGAUUGCAAUAUCUCAGAAAAUAAGAUUCUUUCACCUGCUGAAUGUAGAUGCCACCCCAGCAGGGAGAGCUUCACUCAAAAGGCAAAUGCUUCCGCAAAUACUCAUCUCAGGUUUGAUUCAAAAUUUGUUUUUCGAGAUGGUUUGCUGGUUCAUAUGCAUCCAGACAAAGAUGUUUCUUUCCACUGUAAAUUCGAGACGCUCUGCCUCUGUUCACUUAUAGAGUUGAUAGUAAUGACGAAGUCACCUUUUCAUUGAUCUGAUGAUUUCACAGCUUGGAUUGCCUAACCAUGGCAAAAUUUUGUGCUGUUGCGGGAAUUUGGACGUGAACAUUUUUCUCAAGUGUCAUUUAAAAAAUGGAAUUCAUAUUUAUUGAGACCACGUUUUACCGAAGUACCUUUUGAAGUUGUGACUGUCCCUGAGAGGACCACCAUGUAUAGCAUCUUGACACUAUUCUUUCAUUCAUUUUCUCAUAAUCAAUGUUACUAGCAUGAUGUAUUCACAAAUAUAUUUUCAAAUUGCAACACAAUACCCUUAGAAUUUCAUUUUCUCUCAGAGAAGCUCUCAAGUCUUGGAUUAUGGGUUC